AUGGCUCGUCGACGGCCGCCGCCGCCGCCGCUGGCCUGUGUGGCUCUUCUCUUUUUUGUCGCCGCCACGGCCGUGAUAGCCAAGACAGACCGGGCUGAUGUUGAGGCGCUCAAUGUGCUGUUCACUAGCAUGAACAAGCCGUCCAAAUUGGAUGGCUGGAAGGCGGACGGUGGUGACCCGUGCGACGAUGACGACGAGUGGAAGGGGAUCGAAUGCGACGGCUCGUCCGUCACGGAAAUGUAAUUGCCUGCCUGAUAAAACUGGUUGCUGAAGCCUGAAGAUGGGGGAAGCAGUGACCUUUCGGGGCUCGAUUUGACAGGCAGCCUGGGAUACCAGCUCUCCGGCCUGAAAUCACACAGUGACGUGAGCGACAACAAGCUCAGCGGCGAAAUCCCCUACGCUCUUCCACCGAACCUGGUUAAGCUAAAUCUUCAAGGGAAUGCCUUUACCGGUGGGGUUCCUUACUCGAUAUCUCAGAUGUCUGAUCUGGAGACGCUAAAUGUCGCUAAUAAUCACUUAAGCGGGCAGUUGACGGAUAUGUUUUCCCACCUCCCAAAACUCUCAAAAGUGGAUCUCUCUUCCAAUCGCUUCUCUGGUAACCUGCCACAGAGUUUCCAAUACCUUUCAGGCCUCAAGACACUGAAUUUGGAGGGAAAUCAAUUCAGUGGCCAUAUUGACAUCCUGGCCAAACUCGAUCUCGAUGAUCUGAAUCUGCAGAAUAACAAGUUCACUGGGUGGAUUCCAAGUAAAUUGAAAGACAUUGACAGUCUCAAGACUGACGGGAACCAGUGGUCAUCCGGGUCAGCUCCUCCUGGCAUGAUGAAGGGAUCUUCAGCAGGAAGCUCGUCGAGCGGAGGGAGUGACAGCGGGAUCAACGGUUUUGCUAUCGGAGCACUGGUGAUAGCGGUGCUCCUUGUAGCUGUUAUUCUCCUGUCGGUGUUAGCGCGGAAAAGAUCCUCUCCUGUCUCAUCACACUACUACAUGGACGAGUCAGGUCUGAACCGACAAUUUAAUUCCCCGUACUGCUACAUUUGGACUAUGGAUGAGGACUUCUGUUUUCCUUUGUCAGGUCGUGCGUCAUCAGUCGAGAUGCAGUCGCUGGAGAAAUCGACGUCGAUGGACUGUAAAACACCACCUGCUGUGCCUCGCAAGUCGAUGAAUGAUAAUGAGUUUGAGAAUAAAUUGAAUAAUUCGAGGCGAAUCCUGGAUCCAAUAAGCAUGGUAUCAUACUCAUCAUCAGACCUGCAAGCAGCCACUAGCAGCUGGCACAGUAGUAGGCUAAUAGGCCAGGGAACGGUCGGUCGUGUUUACAAGGCAAAAUAUGCCGGUGGACAGGUGCUGGCUGUCAAGAAGUAUGAUCCACUGAGCUUCUCGGGGAGCAGCGACUUCAUGGAAAUCGUCAACGGCAUCUCCAUGCUGCGUCAUCCGAGCAUCUGCGAGAUUGUGGGUUACUGCUCCGAGCCUGGGCACUACAUGAUGGUGUAUGAAUACCAGAUGAACGGGUCCCUCUAUGAGUUUCUGCACUUAUCAGAUGACUACAGCAGGCCUCUGACCUGGGACACCCGGGUUCGGAUUGCUCUCGGUAUAGCUCAGGCUCUGGAGUACCUGCAUGAAACCUGCUCACCUCCAGUCAUCCACAAGAACGUAAAAUCAUCUAAUGUCUUGCUCGACGCUGAUCUCAACCCUCACCUUGGCGAUUGCGGCCUAGCAUUCUUUUUCGAGGAUCCAAAUGAGAGCUUGGGGCCAGGGUACAGCGCCCCAGAGUGUGCAAGGCCAUCAGGUUACACGAUGAAGAGCGACGUGUACAGCUUGGGCGUAGUCAUGCUUGAGCUAUUAACCGGUCGAAAGUCCUAUGAUAGCUCAAAGCCAAGAACAGAACAAUCCUUGGUCAAGUUUGUGACGCCGAAGCUUCACGACAUGGAUGCCCUGGGAGAACUGGCGGACCCAGGUUUGCACGGUCUGUACCCGCCCAAAUCGCUGUCCCGCUACGCUGAUGUCAUCGCUCGCUGUGUUCAGGCUGACCCAGAGUUCCGGCCGUCCAUGUCAGAGGUGUCGCAGGAGCUCACCGGCUGCGUCCAGCGUAGUGACAGCGACAGGAGGAUGGGCGGUGGCCUUUAUAGCGCCUCACAACGCAGCGACAUGUCCGAUUGGUGA